AUGGGAGAACACCGCCGCUGUCUUUCAUCUGGCCGUAGCUCUCUGCAGAUUGAGACUAUCGCGAUGGAAUCAGAGUACCAAGGAAUCCCAGAACCCGAGAACGAGGGACCCAUGCCUCACCCCAUCCUGCACGAGCCUCUUCUUUACAUCUCUAACCUCCCCUCAUCCGUCUCUGACGAAAACAUCGCUAUGGCCUUCGCUACCUGUGGUCCCUUCCGCCCCAAAAUACCCCGUGGAGGAGGCGAGGGCCCUGUGAACGGCACAAUUGAAUUCAAGCUGCUGGAAAAGGCGGAGAAGGCGCUUGCUACGCUGCAGUCGAAAGCACUCCCGGGCCUCAUGCCGCCAGUGCCGCUAGUCCUGUCGCCGUAUCCUCCCACGACUCCUCCGACGCCCCUGCCGCCGCCAUCCGCGCUUCCGCGACUCGUCAAGCACCUCCCCGCGGGGUUCACCGACUCCGAGCUGUACGACAUCUUCCGUCCCUUUGGCGCCAUUGCGUCCGCGCGCACGCAGACGCACUUUGGGCAGGACACGGGCAUGAUCGAGUUCUGGAACGAGGAGGAGGCCAAGCAGGCGGAGGACGCGAUGCACUUUGCGGAUGUGCAGGGCCACAAUAUCUCCGUCCAGCUGUACCAACCGCGUCGCACGAGCGGCGCCAUGUCUGAAUUCAACGCGAGCGCGCCGUCAUUUGUGCCGUCUUUCGGAUACGUGCCCCACUCGCCGCCUGCUCAAUAUUCGCCUCCGCGCGGCAGCCCAUACCGACAGCCGAUCUCCAUGCAACCUGGAUCGCCUUUCAUUCACGGGCCUGGUCAACAGGUGCAGCUUGCGCCCGUUGCCGGCCCUGGAUCGGGCAGCCAGAGCGGACUGAUAGAUCCAUGCAAUCUCUUCUGCAAGGUGCCCACUAAUCUGUCAUUCUCCGUUGUUCUGGCGCACUCACGUUGUGCAAAGAACUUGGACCCCGACAUCGAUUCGAACGGCCUCUUUACUCACUUCCGCAAUUUCGGCCAGAUCGUUAGUGCACGUGUCAUGCGGAACGAAAGUGGAGAGAGUCGCGGCUUCGGCUUCGUGUCGUACCAGACACCGGAACAAGGCACGUCCGUCCGCAAGGAUGCUUCUCCGAUUGCCCCGUUGAUCUCUCCCGCAGCUUCGAACGCCAUGCAGCAGAUGAACGGAGUCCUUCUCGGGACAAAGCAGAUUGUGGUCCGCCUGCACGAGCCGAAGCAGCUGAGGCAGGAGAAGCUGGCCCAGCGCUUCAGUGGCCAUAAUGGCCAUCCUAGAAACUCGAGUGGCGCUACUAGCCCUACCGCCAGCGAGGGUGGUGAGAGCAUCGCUGGGUGGAGCCCGCGGCACCCGUCUGCUAAUCUGGGCUCCCCUGUGCACGGUGCUCAUCACGAGCGGGUAGAUCGGGGCCGCCGAGGCUCGGGAAGCUACUAUAAUGCUGCUCUUUCUGGAACCCUCAAUCUCCCCAUGCGUUACGAAGAUUUGUACGCGCUAUCGCCUGUUGUGCGGCAGGAAGUCCUCACCGGCGAGCUGAGCCGGCGCGUGAAAGCAGCCGGAAUUGUGUCGGAGAACGAUAUUGAUGCUGUCGUCAAAGCGCUGACGUCCAUCUCGUUGGCCGAUGUCGUCACCUACCUGGACGACCCUGCGAAGCUCACUCGUCAGAUCGAGGUGAUCCAGCGAUCGCUGCAUCCUGUGGCGCCUUCGAGCAAGUCCCCAUCGCCUUCGGCGUCGCAAGAUUCGAGGCUUCUGGACGUGAAUGCGCUGAAUGCGACGGCCAGUGCCCCGGAACAUCCCUCGACUCCCAUCUCUGUCAACGCUUCGCUCUCGACUCCCCCGCGGACGUCAUCACCCUCCGGCUCUGUGCCACCCGCUUCCGAACGAGAGCGAAUUCUGGCUGCCGUGAGCAAGCUCGAGUCGACGCGCCAAAGCGAGUUGACGGAUCUGCUGAUGAGCCUGCCCAAACGCGAGCGGGCGAUGUGUCUCUUCAACGCGGAGAUCCUGCGCGCCAAGUUGGUCGACGCGAAAAUGGUGCUCGAUGUGUCGGACGACGAGGCCGAGACUCCGGCUGAGACCGUGCAACCCGUCCCGGUCACACCCCAGGCGAAACGGAUCGCUGUGCCUCCAGCAGGCUCGCCCCAGACGCCGGAUCUGUCGUCCCGGGGCCCGAGCGCCAAUGCAUCUCCUGCGCCCGCUACACCCGGUGCGCCGACGCAUACCAUCGCUUCCUUGGCCAAGUUGCCGGCUGUCGAAAUCAUACGGCUCGCAAAAUCGACCACGUCGUCUGGCUUGCCGCUUCCCAAGGCCGAUCCGCUGGUCAUGCAGGCCACGGACGAGUUUAUCGAUGGAUUGAUGGACAAGCCACCCGCGACGCAGAAACAGCAGCUGGGUGAUAAACUUUUCAAAACUGUCAAGUCGUUUGGCAUCAAACAAGCGCCCAAAGUCACCAUCGCCCUGCUUGACCAGGAAGAUCUCCGCGCCCUUGCGCAUCUAAUGAACAGCUAUCCUGCAGUGCUGAAAGACAAAGCUUCGUCUGUUCUUCCCGGCAAGUAAAACGCCGUGCUGUGCAUCCCAUACAUAUACUCUAGCCAACCGCUGCUGUUACCUCUCCACCGUCCUUUCACCUGCUUUCCCAUUUGCAUUUACGACCUUUCACGACCUAUUCUAUUGCUUUUAUCUCCUACAUUCAUUUCUAUUCCCCGGAUGACUCGUAUUCUAGGCAGGAGGGCAAUGCUAAUCGGAGUGUUGGCGAGUGUGUAUAUAUAUACAAGAUAAGUACAGACACGGACUACUACUGGAACGGCAAUCUUAUCCGUGUUAAUACUGCAGACCACUCGUUUUUGCAGCUUGACUGCGGCUGAUUCAUGCACGCGUAGGCAAAGACCUCGCCACGAGGGUUGUGCCUGCGAGGGGCGAUCGCGACCUCCGGUGCUUCAUCAGAGGAGUCAGGGAUAAUGUUAAUGAGGGCGCCAGUGGUACACGGAAAGCAGGCGAUCACCCACAAUAAUGCAUCCUUCACUCAGUCGUGAAAUUAGCGAUGCAAAGGGUUUGGAAGAACGAAUGCUUUUCGAAAUGCUACCUGUUUAGGGUUAGCAAGGCCUGGCAUUUCGAAGGAGACCGUCACAAGUAUCGUAUACCUCUGAGACCCCCACGUGCCAAGCAAGGAGCGUGUGAUGGUUCGACAGGCGUUCGCCCAAAGACGGUGACCUGCUUUGAGAGUGUCCGGAGAUAACGGGCGGGCCCGCGUCUCGAGUCUCGACCCUCCGUUGCGCUCUGGUUUCGCGUCCCGACAGGUCCCGACGUUCAAGAAAUGCCAAAUGAGUGAUGGGGUUCACCUUUCUUGCGGGAAGCUACAGGGUGCCGCGGCCGCAUUUCGGGAGUAACAUUUGCGGAUCUUGGGCUUCCUGUCAAGUGUGGUUCCCACCUCUCAAUAGACUGCCGUUUAUUUGUCGUGGCUGGCACCCUCAGUGACCGCAAGUAAAGGCGUGGCUAUGAGCGUGGGCGCGACUAGAAGCAUGCACGUGCCAUAAUAAGGCCCUGAUGACAUUGAUCGGUUUCGUGAUCGUCGAUCAAUCAUCCAGCUAGGUCCAACUUCUGUCAUCCCUGCCUAAUAUUUUUGGCGUCUCAUGCAGCUACGCCGGCGUCCGCGUUCUUCGUCUCAUGUGAUCACAUAGGGGACUGAGCUGUCUCAACGAGAUUCGUGAUGCCGCCUGUAGGGAUCCCUUGUUCUCGAGCAUCACAUCAGCAUCCUUGCGCUUGGUUCCGGGGCCAAGAGAUCUUUUUCGCGCCGCAUAUCAAGCCCAGAGGAGAUGGUGGGUAUAGGAUGAACUCUUUGAGCCCCCCGCUCAUCCUCCCACUCGAACAGACCAGAGCUCAGGAGGGCGAGACACGAUCUCCCAAUUUAGCUUGCCUUAUCCAGAUGCCUCGGCCUCCUGAGGGUAGCUGGGAUCAUUGUAUCGAAUUUGCGAUCGGUCCUGCCAUCACGCUUGCAAAAUUCCUUGGUGAUGUCUUCUGUCGGCUGUCUGAACGAAUAUAAAAGCAAUUUGGUGCUGUGGCGACACUUGGCCUCCGCCUUUUAUUUACCCAAGUCACUCUCUGAGAUCAUCUCAGCCCGUACAAUCUUUCCACCCCACUCUCGCUACCCCGCCUCGCCUCAAAAUGCAGAUCCGUCUCCUUGCCCUCUUCGCAUUCGUGGCGGUUGUCGCCGCACACAACGGUGGCGACGAUCGCGAGCACUCCAACCACCCAAAGUACCAGGGCCACUCCAGCCACGAGGAGCACUCGGGCCACCCCCAGUACCAGAGCCCCCCUAGCCAUGAGGAGCAUUCCAGCCAUGAGGAGCACGAGGGGCACCCGGAGGGAGGCCACCCGACCCAGCCCCAGCCGCCCCAGCCAUCGUCGCCGAGCAACACUGGAUAUCACUGCCCGGACACCAACAAGCAGGCGCACGGCAAGGUUGCUGAGCUCUGCGAUGCCCCGCCGCACAGCGGCCAGUCCUUCGGAUGCACUUAUCUCACCGGCAAGGGCACGGGAACCCAUGCCUGCACAUACAACUCGCGCACGGGCGAGUGCAACGGCGGCACCAACCGCGAGCACUGCCCCGACUCGGCCAUUCAGCACUUUGGCCACAAGCGCCGCGGGUCCCAUGCCCGGUAAGGGACAUAGACCCGGACCGCGCUCGCCUCCCGGAUGAUCGUCUUUUAUGGAUUGUGUUUUAUUGGCUAGUCUCCGGUUAUCCUGCCCUUAUAUGUUUAGAUUCAUGGACCAUUGCUCGAUACUAUUACUCCCCCUGACUGUCCCGAUAUUGCUCCUCAUCUCCCCGUUCCCUGCUCAUGCACGCCUUGGUUUUACGGACCUUUUCUGACUCACACUCGCCCUGGUAAUCAGUAGACUUUUGUUGUAGUACGGCAUCUGCCUGUUCUACUGUCGUGUCUGGGGCAUACUUCCGCAUUGUCAAGCAUCCAUCACCAUGUCGGUUUCGACACACAUGCCUUGUGCUAUGCGAUUUCAAUUUGCCAGAAUGCUUGAGAUAAGAGAAUGGGGAAAAGAUGCUUAGAGUUUUGAAAUCACGCAAAAGAAAAACCUCUCGUCGUGCGAGACCCUGCCUACGUAACAAGGCAUGGGAUUUGACUACAGGUGUUUUCGUAGACGAGCUCGGAGAGGAGCGUGAAGCGGCCAUUUUGCGCUUGAGACAGCUGUCUGGAAGAUUAGCAUUUUGAUCACAUUUCGAGUCUGAUGGCAAUUAGAUAAUACGAUCUUCCUUGACCAUUGCCUCACCGGUCGCCCACAUACGGACUCUUGUCCCGUCAUUCGACCAUCCCAUCGUCUGAUGCAUUCUGAAUGGCUGAAAGCUCCGUGACCCCGAUAAUGUCGGCAACCCGAUCUGUGUCAAUAGCCCAGCAAGCGGACCUCGUGUUCUCCCUGAUUGAGGCUGAAGUCGAACGGGCUGAGAAACCUCUUCUCGAAACCCUCGAUGCCCUAGCACAGAAACUAGACGCCCAAAACGCCGCCUUGUCCGCGAAAGAAGAACGUACGCUGGCGGUGACGGCGGAACUAGCUGCGAUCGAGUCUCUGUUGCGAACACACGACCUGGCCGUGCAGGUGAACGAACACGGACCCACGCUAUCUUUUGUCGGGGACACAGCCGGUGUGCUCUCUCGCAUCGAAAGAGAGGCGCGGAAACUUGCUCCCGAUUCUGGCACUUACCGAGCCAUCUCUCCCCUUACCAUUGUUCCCUCACUCGUCGCGCUCAUCGCAGAUUGCGCGCGCCGAGUGGCGGCGGCACAAGACGCAGCCUCUAAAUCCGAAAACCAUGUCACUGCACUCCAGGAAGAACUGAGGGAAGGUUACGACGCACUCGUCCAGCUCACGGUCGUUCUCGCGUCCCUCCGGAAGGAUGCCACAAUGAAAGAUCGAGCCCUCGCACAUAUGCGCGAACAGACGGCCGGCUGGAAGAAGAGAGCAUCUGAACUGGAACAACGCAAUGUCGAGACGGAAAGGCUCGUGACGGAGACGGCACGGCAACUGGGCGAGCUUCGGAGUGAUUCUUCGGCUGCAUGGAAGACCCAACGCGCAAAGUUCGAGAAGGAUCUUGCCAUGGAGCGCUCUCUCGUGCAGCAGCUGCAGAAGUCAGCGGCCGCUGCACCAGAAAAAAUGAGGGCCCUGGAGAUUAAUGUAAAGGAUUGGGAACUCAAGCACGAAUUGCAGCUGCGCAACUUGGCGGCUCUUCGGCAUGAAUUUGCGAGCGAACGCAGACGGUUGGAAUCAGAGACGCAGGCGUGGAGGGAAAAGUACACGGAGGCCGAAGACAAUCGCAACGAAAUCGAAGUCCGGCUGCAGGCAGAGUACGAGAGAAAAUGCGUCUCACUGGUGACCGACCACAGCGCUUCCCUUGCUGCUGUCCAGUCUUUGGCCGAUCAGGCGAAGGCCGAAUCAGAAGCUGCGCAUCUCGAGUGCGGCAUACUCCAUGGGGCCGUUCAGCAGGCGGAAAAGAGGGCUUCAAAAGCAGAACAGGAACGGGAUCGUAUCCAGCCAGGUCUGGCAAGAUUUCAUUCUUUAAUGACCAAGAUGGAGCAGGAGAGCAAGAAGUGGGAGGCCGCAUGCACACAAGCGAAAACUCAGAAUGAGCACGACUCUGUGCUCAUCGCCGAACAAGUUUCGCAAAUUCGACGUCUGCAAGUCACGGUUCGUGAUCGAGAAGCACAAUUGGCGAAGUUGCAGCUCGAACGGGAUGGAACGCGCGAGACUGGGCAGACGCAGAACCCACGUGUCGAAAUCGAGCCACAACCUCUCAAGAGUAAGCCAAAUCAGCAGCGUGAGGCAGCCGUCCCCGUAGAGCCCCCGGUGAAUAUGGUCUUGACCAAACUUCGACCUUCCAGGACAACAUCCUCGUCUGGGAGCUCGUCGGCCACUGGCCCAAACAGCUCCCUUGUUGCUACUGCUGCGUCCACCCGCAACGCAACAGUCGUGCGAGGAAUCAGCAGUGGAACCCCAAUCCGGCGGCCUGGUCCUGGUCCUAGCUCGCAUUCUAAGCCUAAGGAUAUAGCUGACAGUGCUAUCCCUUUGAAGCCUUCUUCGGCGCGCAGUAGGACUCGCAGUGGGCCAAGCUUGUCUUCGUCCACCCUUCCUAUCAGGACAUCCGCAUCCAAUCCCGACUCAGCGCUCUCAGGUCCUUCCGAGCCACGGCUUGCAUCAUCAACUCAAUCCAAUGCGUCAACACCCCAUCGUCCACUGGGUACGCUUUUGUCCAGAUCCGACCGGAUUAUGUUUCCGAUCUCAAUCCAAGCUGUUCAUACGAUCCCGCUUAAAAGGCCAGCCCCAUCCCCGCUUGUAUCUGAAAGAAACAAAGCAUUGCGAACGGUUGCUCCCACAUGGAAGCGUAAACCAUCGGUGAAGAUGAUGAGGGAUCCACCACCAUCACAGCCCAAGUCAUGACUCUUAUGUAUAGCCGUGUGUUAUCUACUAUCUAUUUCCUACACUUUGGUACUUCUGUAGAGCCUAGAGGGACUUGCUUGUGUACAACAUUUUCAUCCACUCUUAUGUAUACGUAUCUUGUGAUGUUACAAUCUCGCUAACAGUGCUUCAAGCGACAACGUAUGUAUUGACUCCAAUUGUCGACAUCAUAGAAGGAGAUCGUGAGCGUCAUUGAGUUCAAGUCUUGUUAAAGUGCCUCCAUGAUCGUCCGCCCCUCUCGUCUUCCCACCAUCCUCCAGCCACAUCUGGAGCUAUCUCGCCAGCAUCUACCCAGUAGUCCACGUGCUCAGAGGGUCAACAUUCACGAACUCGCUAUUCCACGCGCGUACCACUUCUCCCACCCAUCGACAUGGACGAAGUCAUCCCUGGGCUCUGGGUGGGGGAUAUCACGAGCGCGAAGGACACGGCCGGGCUCAAGAGCAACAACAUAUUCAGCAUCCUUUCUGCUAUGCGUGGACGGGUCACCAUAAACGAGGUCGGUCCCUUGCGUCUAUCUCCAAAUCCAAGUUCCGGCACGACGAUUGCGUCCCAGACCUUCAUCCAGCAUCAGAUCCUACUGGACGACACAGACGACACCGAUGUCCUGGUGCAUUUUAUCCCGGCGAUCACCUUCAUACAAAGCGAGCUGGACAAGGGGCGAGGGGUGCUGGUGCACUGUCAUGCAGGAAUGAGUCGGAGCGUCACGAUCGUGGCGGCGUAUCUCAUGUACACGCAGAAUAUUGAUGUGGAGAGGGCGUUGGACACGAUCCGCGCGGCGCGUCCGAACAUCGACCCCAAUCCAGGGUUCUUAUUGCAGCUGGAGAUUUUUCAUAAGGCCGCAUUCAAGAUCUCGCGACGCGACAAGACGACGCGGAUGUUCUACAUGGAGCGCGCCGUGGAAGAAGUGAUGAAUGGCGAUGGGAGUCUUCCAGAGACGACGAUGUUCGCGAAGUACCCACGAACACCGACGGACUCAGCGCCGUCGACGCCGGGGGGACCACGGAGGCGGAUCCGGUGCAAAAUGUGCCGCCAGGAACUCGCGACGCGGGAGCAUAUGUUAGAUCACGGACAGCUCGGUGCACCGACACCUGCAUCCGGGACGCCCGUAGCAUCGCGAGCCCCGUCUAUGAGCUCCGCGACGCGUCCGAGGCUGGGAUCCACGGGCGCUUUCACCAGUGCUCGACCGCGAAGACCGUCUGGGCUGGGAGAGCUCUCAAUGUCUGCGCUCGAAAUUGAGGAGGAGGAGGACGGCGAGGGCGGAGAUGUCGUCUCUCGUCGACCCCCCAUACGACGGCCGAUCAUCCACGGCGAUCUGUCGAUGUCGAUGAUGUCAGCCCUAGAUACCGAGGACGACGAUCAAGACCAGCACCCGAUCCCGAGCACCCAGGCUUUUCAAGCUGCGACGCUCUUGGGUCGUAGACUAUCAGAUGCGGUGCUGGCAUCUCCAGCGGCCGAUCCUAGCUCGCCGCCCGAGAAUCCGUCCCCCACUACCCACUUCUCAAGCGCCGAGGACAUGGUCGCGCAGCUCAAUGCUCACCCGAAGCUGGCUGCCUUGCGAAACCCGGCAAUGACACCUCUUACGCCGCUGCAGACCCCGGCUACCGGAUCGUCCACUGUCCCAUCGCGUCCGCUCCCGAUCAGUGCACCGAUCUUGGUGAACCCCAAGUGCUCGGGGUAUUUUGUGGAGCCUAUGAAGUGGAUGGAGCCGUUCCUGGAAGACGGACAGAUUGCGGGGAAGAUCAUGUGUCCCAACAAGAAAUGCAGUGCCAAACUGGGGAAUUACGACUGGGCAGGGAUGUGUUGUGGGUGCAAGGAAUGGGUCACUCCUGGGUUUUGUAUCAAUCGGUCUAAGGUGGACGAAGUGGUUUGAAUCAAGGCAUGUAUCAUAUAGGGUUCACUGCUACUUAUGUGAAUUAGGACAAUCGCAUACUACUGUUUGUUCGGUGGCUGAAGGUGCCACACACGAGCCUAUAACAUACAGUGCAUGACUUCGAGCACGACAGUCGAUGGUUGACCCUUGGGAGAACGGGUACCAAGAUGAGAUGAUGACUUUAAAUAAUUUGCCCGCGGCAGGAUCUCAC